UCGUAGUAUCUCUUAUUAGUCUGUGGUCUACGUUGAGUCUACGCUACGCCUACGCAUAGAAAAUAUCUCACAGACAGAGUACCUACCUAUUUAGGAAAAUAUAAGGAAGAAAAAAUCGAAAUCCAACGAAACGUCGUCCGUUUUGUAUUAUUUAUUCUAGUUCGAGUGUUUGGUUCUAUAAAUAAUAUUACUAAGAACUCCUAUUUGUUUUGUUUUAGUGUUUAUAUCUGAAAUGUCUCCUAGAAAUGAAGUGAGUAAACGUCGUGAACUAACACGGAGUCGUUCCGUCGAGGGUCGAGGAGAACACAAAUCAAAGUCAGGUGAAAGAUCAAGAUCUUCAGCCAAAUCCAAGCAUAGGUCUGAGAGCAGAGAUAGGAAAAGAGAGAAGAGUAAACGCAAAAAGAGUAAAAAGAAAAAGAAGAAACAUAGCAGCUCGUCCAGCAGCAGCAGCAGCAGUGACAGUGAUGAGGAGGAACUGAAGCUACUGCAGAGACUGGAGGCAGAGAGACAAAGAAUUAAAGAAGAGAAGAAAAAACAGAAAGAAUUAUUGAAAGCGAAUGAGACACCAGAAGAAAAGAGGGCAAGAAGACUGAGAGAAAAGCAGGAAAAAGAGCGUAAACGUCGCGAGCGCAUGGGCUGGGACAACGAGUACCAGUGUUACACCAACCAGGACAACCCGUUUGGAGACUCUGCUCUUACCAACACCUUUGUAUGGUCCAAAAAGCUGGCCAAAGAGGGUGUCAAGAAUGUCUCCCGUGAUGAGUUGGAGGCUCUUAACAGACAGAAACAGCUGGAAAACAAGAUUGAGCUUGAGAAGGUGAAGCAGCGGCGGCUGGAGCGCGAGGCGGAGCGCGUGGCGCGCGAGGCGGAGGCGCUGGCGGCGGCGCGCGCGCGCGAGGCGCAGCAGUUCAGCAGCUGGGCGCGCCAGGAGGACGCCUUCCACCUGCAGCAGGCGCGGCUGCGCUCGCAGAUACGCAUACGGGACGGCCGAGCAAAACCUAUAGAUCUCCUGGCUUGGUAUGUGAGCUCAGAGGAGUGUGUGGACGCGCUGGAGAUGCACGAGCCGUACACUUACCUGAACGGCUUGCAGACGCAGGACCUUGAGGACUUGCUCGAAGACAUCAAGGUGUACAAGGAGCUGGAGAACAACGCGAACGUGUCGUACUGGGAGGACGUGGAGACCAUCGUGCAGGACGAGCUGGGCAAGCUGCGGCGGCUGGCGGCGCCCGACGCCCGCCGCGACGGCGUGCACCACGCCGUGGCCGACGACGUCACGCAGAUCUUCAAAGGCAAGACGGGCGCGCAGCUGGAGGCGAUGCAGGCGCAGAUCGAGGCCAAGAUGCGCGGCGUGGGCGUCGACGUGGGCUACUGGGAGAGCCUGCUGUCGCAGCUGAGGGCGCAUCGGGCCCGCGCGCGGCUGCGGGAGCGGCACCGACGGAACCUGCGCCGCAAGCUCACGCUGCUCAAGCAGGAGCAGGGCGUGCAGCCCGCGGCGGGGGCGGCGGGGGCGCAGCCCGGCACCAGCCAGCUAGCCGUGGAGCGAGAUCAGUCGGAGAGCCCGGAGCCAUCGCACUCUCGGGCAGACGCGAAGGUGGAGGCGGAGGCGGAGGCUGCGUCUGCCUCGGCGGACGAGGCGGCCGAGGCGGCGUGCGAGGCGCUGUACGCGGCGGGCGGGUACUCGCCGCGGCCGCUGUCGCCGCGCCGCCUGGAGCCCGCCACGCUGCUGCUGCCCGCCGCGCACGACGAGCGCCGCCUGGCCUACCUGAGGGCGCGCCUGCACCACGCCGCCGCCACCGCCGCCACCGCCACUGCCCCCCCGGAGGCGCCGGCGCGCAGCACGGCGGCCCUGGAGCGAGCCGCGGCGCGGUCCAUGGGCAACAGCGGGGAUGAGGUGGGCUUCAGCGUGGAGCAUGCGCUGCCCGACCAGCCCUGCCUCUGGGCCGACAAGUACCGCCCCAGGAAGCCGCGAUACUUCAACAGAGUGCACACGGGCUUCGAGUGGAACAAGUACAACCAGACCCACUACGACAUGGACAACCCGCCGCCCAAGAUCGUGCAGGGCUACAAGUUCAACAUCUUCUACCCGGACCUCAUCGACAAGAACUCUACGCCGGAGUUCUCAUUGAAAGCGUGCCCCGAGAAUCCGGACUUCGCGGUGCUGCGGUUCCACGCGGGCCCGCCGUACGAGGACAUCGCGUUCAAGAUCGUCAACCGCGAGUGGGAGUACUCGUACAAGCGCGGCUUCCGCUGCCACUUCCACAACAACAUCUUCCAGCUCUGGUUCCACUUCAAGCGAUACAGAUACCGCAGAUAAUUGUUACACCUUCUACUACUAACAUACCCCAGACACAAUACAAUAUUCUUUAUUGCACAGUCAGACACACAAGAACAGUAUACAAGUAGGACAUAAAAUGUACAAUAGGCGGCCUUAUUACUAAAUAGCAAUUUCUUCCAGGUAACGCACUUCACACAAAAAUCUGGUUCUUACACAGACAUGCACUGUGUGGGUACUCUAGCCACUCUACUCUACCCCACAAGUAAGGUUGUGUUGGUGCGAAGCAGAGUGUCCACUCUAUACAUAGUAUUGUUGUUUAUUCUGUGCCACUAUGUCUAUAGUACUUACUACAUUUUACCACAAUACAAUAGUGCCUCAAGUAUUCAGUAUGCCUUAAGCCAUUAAAAACAAGGUAAUUAUUGUGAAUAAACUGCAAAUAUUUCUAUAUAAUCCAGCCAAUGAAGAUACUCUAUCUGUUUGAACAUUGUUUAGAGUUUAAAUAAAGGAUUCCAUAGACAUUUUA